GUAAGUUCUUCAGCGUUUAGCUUAGUUGUUAGGAUUUUGGCUACUAAGGAGACGAUGAAGCAAUUUUGGAUCACUCUUAGGAUGAUGAAUGAGAAGGGGUUUUAUCUUGAUGAAGAGACGUAUCUCAUAAUUCCUAUGGGUUUUAAAGACGCAAAGAUGACCAAUGAUUCUGUUGCUCUGACCCAUUUCUAUAAUCGAAUGAUUCAGGAAAAUGCAAAGCAAAGUGUCGUCACCGAGGUGGUUGGCAUCAUUGUUGGAAAUGAAUGGCGUCAUGAUGUUAUGAAUGAACUUACGAAGCUUAAAAUUCAAUGGUAGGAUAAUUUUGUUAUAAGGGUUUUGAAAGAGCUUUCUCGCCCUUUAGCGGCUUACAAUUUCUUUCAUUGGGUUGGGAAACAAUCUAGUUUUGAGCAUAAUACAGUGACUUACAAUGCAAUUGCUAGAGUUCUUGCAAGGAGAGACGCAAUUGAGGAGUUUUGGAGUAUUAUUGAGGAAAUGAAGAGUGUAUGCCAUGAAUUGUAUAUCGAUACUUACAUAAAGGUAUCAAGGAAGCUUCGAAAGCAUAAGAUGAUGGAGGAUGCUGUCCAGCUUUACGAGCUUAUAAUGGAUGGUUCAUAUAAGCCAUCGGCUCAGGAUUGCAGUGUGCUUUUAAGGAGCAUCUCUGCAAGUGAUGAGCCAAAUUUGCAUUUAGUUUACAGUGUGGCCAAGAAAUAUGAGUCAACAGGGCACAUUCUCUCCAAGGCAAUCUAUGAUGGAAUUCACAGGUCUUUGACAAGAGCUGGGAAACUUGAUGAAGCUGAAAAUAUUAAGACCAUGAAAAAUGCUGGCCAUGAGCCUGAUAACAUCACCUACAGUCAACUGGUUUUUGGACUUUGUAAAAUGAGGAGGUUUGAAGAAGCAUGUAAAGUGCUGGAGGAGAUGGAAUCUUGUGGAUGCAUCCCUGAUAUUAGGACUUGGACCAUCUUGAUACAAGGGUAUUGUGAUGCCAAUGAAGUAGAUAAAGCAUUAUUUUAUUUUGCUAAGAUGAUUGAAAAGGGCGGUGAUGCAGAUGCUGAUUUGUUGGAUGUUCUGGUUGAUGGUUUUCUCAAACAAAACAAAAUAGGAGGUGCGCACGAGUUGGUUAAAGAGAUAUGUGGUAAGUUUGGUAUAUCUCGGCAAGCUACAUAUAAGAAAUUGAUUGAAGAGCUAUUAGGAGUCAUGAAGUUUGAGGAUGCACUUGAACUUCUUCGUUUGAUGAAGAGUAGCAACUACCCUCCAUACCAUCAACCCUUUGUGUUGUAUAUUUCAAAGUUUGGGUCUGCGGAAGAUGCUGCAGAAUUCAUGAGAGCAUUGAGUAUAGAAACUUACCCAUCCACCUCAGUUUAUGCUCAGGUUUUUGAAUCCUUUUUCCGAGAAGGCAGACUCUGUGAGGCCAAAGAUCUAUUGUACAAGUGUCCUCACCAUAUACGUAAGCAUAGUAAAAUCUGUGAACUUUAUGGUUCAUCUGAGAGUCACAUUGCUGAUGCCUGAUCCCUAGAAAUUUUUUCCCUUCUAGUAUGUAUCUUUUCUUUCUUCAAAAUUCAAAUGAUAAGUAUUAUCAAGUUUGAUCAAGCUAUAAGGUGGAUUUGGUCAUUGCUUCUUGGAAAAUUACUGGGACAUAAUAUAAGAUUUUAUGUCAGGUUGAGCUUCAUUCUAAAA